GUGCAGCCUGCCAUCGGCUCGGAAAAUGUGGAUCCGGCAGGUUCCAUUCGCAUAUUCUUCGACAGUGUGAUCGUCAUGGACAAUCCCCAUGCCAAGAUCAGGAUUUACCCACGAGUCUUGGAGGACUUGUGCAAGGAGGUCGACCCACGAAGCUUCUACCCUUGGGACACUGGUACCGGUGAGCUCCAG